AUGUCCACUACCACGGAAUCCACGGAUGUAGAUCGUUGUGACCCCUUAACUUCGUUUUCUCGACACUGUACUGCCCCCGCACCUGUCGAUGAACGAACUGUACCGGAUACCCCGAGGAAUUUUAAAGUGGAAUCUCUUUUCGACUAUUCUUUGCUGCAAAAUAGUUACAAUCGAAAAAAAAUUAUUCAGUUGGAUGGAAUCGCACCGAUAAUUGAAGAUGAGGAUGAACCAUAUUUCAAAGGAGACGCAUGCAAGCUGGAGCACCGUCGACGAACCCAAGGUACACUGAUAGAAGCUAGCUAUUCUAUGGAAGUUCCAAUUGCACUAACCCGUUAUUUGCGCCCAAAUUUACAGUUUGAUAUUGUUACCACCAAGACUUUCCUUGCGAUGCUUUGCAGAUUCAUUGACAAUGAGCGUCGCUUUUAUCGAUUUAAUAUCGAACGCAUUGGAGAUUUGACAAUCGUCGAGGAAGCGCCUUACGGCGAUGCACGCCCUUCCAAAACCUACCUUCAAGGAGCUCUGGACAUUUUAACUGGCCGAGCAAGUAUGGAUUAUCGACAAAUAGCAGUGUGUGAAUUUGGUACAAAGCGUAUCCUAUUGCGACAACAUGUUGAUUUAGCGGAGCCUUCAUCGUUUGGACGAAUUCGCACACAUGGCCGUUGGCAGCGAAACUAUAUUCGCCAGUAUCCUAAACAGCCGUUCCUUCCGAUACUGAAGGAUACAAUUGCAUCCAUGUCAAAAUUCCAAGUAUUCCUUGAUCAACCGGAUCCCACUUUUCACAUCGAUGGUACCAAUGUCUCAAUUCGGGGUCCAGUCUUGCCAGAACCACCAAAAAAGCCAAUCGAAAUAAUGUGUCGAUCGUUCCAACGUUUCUCGUUUGAGAACCUUCAAAUGAAAUGGCCAAAUAUGAUUUUUUCUGGUGCUGACCGUAUCGUUAGUGUUCUGCACGUUCGAGGACUGAUUGAUCACAAACCAAAGAGUUUCAGUUUCCGUGACAUAGCACCUAAAGGGUAUAAGAACACGAUGGCACGAGCAUCGGCACUUUGUCGACAAAUCUUUGAUUACAUAGAGGCGAUUGACUGUGAUAAGUUAGCUCUGAUUUGGGUGAAUGACAAAAAGCUCCCAAUGGAUAUCAAUGAUGGUAACCACUUGGUUUUAUAUCGUCGUCUCUUGACUGGCAGAGCAUUGGAUGAUAGCUCAUUCGUCUCGCCACUGCUUCGCACUUCAAUCCUUCGGGCAGAGCUCCCAGGAACUGAAAAAGAAGAGAAAUUACAUUAAUUGUUUUGAUUGAGUUAAAAGCUUCUACUAAUUCUUCUACACUUUUCGGAGAAGCUAAAAAUGAGAAUCCAUAUCAAAGAACUUUUAAAUAAUACCUUGCAAAUGUCAUGCUGAUUCAA